ACAUUUGUGUAUGUUGCAGGGGACUUUGGCUACAUCAAAAAUAAGGAAAUUAAUGGUUUUGUGUAUCUCAAGUGUAAACACCGUCAACUUUGUGGCGGAGUUGCAAAAAUAGUUUUGUCAACUAAUUUACUUGAGACAAUACAUGGUCACACUUGUGGAACUAGGCCCAAAAAUUUUGAUUACCUUCCAGCUCUAGAGAAAAUGCGAGACAUGGGUUCAACUACACAGCUACCUUUGCGUGUAAUCCAGUCCUCAAAUGAAGGUAUCAAGGCUGCACUUACUUUCAGAAAGUGUGAACAAAUUCUGCCGAGUGCCCGUAGAAGUUGCUACAGUACAAACCUUAAAUCUCCAAAUGAGGCAGUUCUAAACAUGUUGCAACCCAAUCCAUUUUCUAACAUCUACAAAGACCUUGUUGAGUUUGAGGAUCAACUAGCUUUGUUCUUUUGUUCUUCAACACUGCUGACAUAUUUGUCAGAAACCACUAUCCUGUUUGUUGAUGCUGCAUUUAUGUGUGGCUUCUGCCAUCCUCCAUGGUGGUAAGCUGUUCAAUAUUUCACUGGAGUUUGGAACAAUGAUCCUGUCUGUUCUGCAUGUCUUAAUAACUGGACGAAAAGAAGGUCUCUACCUAGUGUUUUUAAAAAGCUUCAUGAACUUUCUUCAACUUAAGUGGAAAGAUCUUAUCCCUAAAAUUAUCUUAAAAAAAUCAAUCUUAAAUAGGUAACUUAUCCAAUGGAAGUUUAGAUGUUCCAGAUCCAAAAUGGUUUCCGAUCUAGAAGAGAACUGCAUCAAGAUCGUCAAAGGCAGCUUGAGCGUUUUCGUGGGUAUGAAGAAAAGCUUGCAAGUGGUGAAUGGACUGCAACCAAAUUUCUUGAAGCUGCAUCAUUCCUCGGUAACGAUAUCAAAAUGCCAAGUGAUCAGGAUGUUCAAGAAUUCAUUGAACAGGAACAAACUGUAGAUGAAGAAUUUCAAUCAAAUGGACAAACUGCUGUGGUGGAAAGACCAAUUGAAAAUGUCUGCAAAGUUUGCCUCGUCAAAAGUCUUCAAGUUGUUGUUUUCUCUUGCCGCCAUCUUUACCUAUGCCAACGAUGUGCUGAAGCCAUUUAAAAUAGUGCUAUUAAUCACUGUCCAGUAUGCAGAGGACUAGAGUUGCAAAAAAAACCGUUUUUUUUUAAUUGUGUUU